UUUUGAAAAAAACCGUUAUUGUAUUUAUGAUGGACUAAUCAUUUUUGAGCUAAUCUAAUUUGAUGUUUAUAUUUAUUUUUCUGUGUUUGGUCAGUGUUUUUACCUAUAAUUUUGUUCCUGCCACUACUAUUUAUUGUUCAAAAAAUGAUAUUAGAUAAAAAGAGAAUUCAAAAAGAUGAAAAUGAGUUAUUUCAUUAUGGCGUUAGUUCUACACAACUGUAUUUGAACUAUAGGGAAUGUAUAGAUAAAAGACUGAAACUGGUAAUGCUUGAAGUUGCUAAAGUCUACGAAGAAGAGUAUUCAGAGGAUUUUGACAUCAUAAACAAUCAUUUGCUUCAACAAUAUAAAGCCUUUUGGAAUAUUGCCGAAUCUAUUUUUCAAAAAUUUUACGAAGAAAUACAAGAAAUAUUAUCACUAAAUGAUGUGAUUUUACCCAAAGAUUUGUUAAAUUCAAAUAAUAUUCUAACUGGUACUAAACUAAGUGAAAGUGAAAUUGAAAGGCUAGAAGAGAAAUACUUAAAAGAUAAACUUUAUUGCCAAUCCCUAAAAGAACACAAAGAAAAAAUAGAAGUGGCUUGUAUUCCAUUACAGGAUAAAAUAAUCUCAGCUUCAAAACUUCAUAAAGAAUAUAUGACAAAAUUAAAAAAUGUUCAUAAAUUAAGUGAAAAAAUACAAGAAACUACCGAAACUCUUACAAGCAACAAUACUAUAUCUUGUUUAAGGCCUAUAGAUAGCAAUGUCAAUUCUGCAGUAAGAAAAAAAACAUUAAAUAAACUUCUUCGACAGGCAUGCCAAUAAUUAAUUUUUUAUUGAAUAAUUAUUUAUAA